AUGGUACCGUCACAGGCCAUGGAGGCUCCGUUGGCAGGCGGGUCAUCUGCCUGCAUUAGAGCUGCGAUGAUGACUCAAUUUUCACCGUACCUGACAAUCAAGGCUGAUUCACCCCACGGUGCCGUUGGAGUACAAGUGGAUGCUGUGGAAAUAAUUGCAAAGAAACUGGGGUGGUGCAUCAUCUUUGAACCAUCAAAGGCAGGUUACAUGGGAGGCCUGCUGCCCAACAAAACCUGGGACGGCGCAAUUGGUCAACUCAUCCGCCACGAAUUCGACAUGAUUGUUUCCCCUUUAUCGCCGAACUCUCCGCGGUACACGGUCAUGGACUUCUCAGAGUUCUUAUGGGCUGGGUGGCACACGACUAUACAAAAAUCAGGAAAACUCAAAUCUGGUCAACAGACUUGGCUGAGCGUUCUAGCAACGUUUGUUGCUUUCGUCAUCUGCUUCAUCAUGACGUUCAAGAUGCGAGAGAUUCUGUCUACAAAAGCCAGUUCAAAACGCGGCCAACACCGAUUGUCGUCACGCGACGCCCGAAUCUCCGCUUUCGCAGUGCUUAAAAUUCUUAUUAACCAACCCCAGGAAAACGACGAACGCUUACCCCUGAUGCGACUGUUGCUAAUGACGACGAUGCUGUGGGGCUUCCUUCUGAGCACUUUCUACAAGACCUUCCUCACGUCCAUGCUUGUCCUGCCGAGGGUGGUCGAGCCCUUCAACAAUCUCGAAGAGCUCGUUACCAAGAGGCCCAUGCAGUACAUGCUCUCGCCUGGGACUCUACUUAGCGCUAUUGCCAAG